AUGAAUAUAUUAUCCUAUAUUGGAAUGAAUCUUCAAUCCGAAGUAUGCCUUUGGACUUUGCUGGGCCUCAUUCGUACAAUAUUCGAUGCUACACUCUUCAAAGUGAAUGCUAAUCUUAAACAGGUAUGGCAAAUGUCCAUGCCACCAGAGCUAUCACUGCCUAUACAGCGUGUUAUACGUACUAUGGUCUCUGGGGUGAUGCUGGUUCAAUGUUUCACCGUGUACGUUUACCUAGCAUCUUAUAUAGUGCUUCUGUAUCCUGUGUUUUUGGAAGAACGUCCAACGCUAGUUUUACCUUGGCUUUUGUUAGCAGCAAUAAGGAAACUGCUCUGUGAGCUGACAAGCCUAGCUCUGGGACUGGGGACAUGCGUACUCCUGGGACCUGCCAGGCCGCCCUGCAUAAAAUUCCUCGUAUUAAAGAUACUUACAAUAAUGCCUGCUUUUUAUAUGUGGACACUCGUUUUUGGCUAUUAUCAUACACUUAAAAUGGCGGCAGCGUUUAAGUCAUUUCCAACAAAUUUGCCUGUAAAUGAUAACGACUGCGGUCUUGAAUUAGCUGUGCGCAGGCGUCGAACAAAAUCCUUGCAAGGUGAAGAUCAAGUGCGGAAAAAACUCAUCGCCAACUUUUACAGCGAUAGGCCACUGUCGACAGUUAGUUCAAAGUCACAAAAAAUAGACGAUUCUCCAGGAAACUUGACGAGUUUGAGUUCAGAGGAAAUAAACGUUCCGGAUAUAUUGCAACCUUUAUCAAUUACAUCUAACAGGACAAUAUCAGAUAUAGGGACGUAUGAGGACUGGUUUGACAGUGAGGUAGUUGUCCCUAGGGACACUGACCGUAUACAUGAACAAUUUGUUAUUAUGCUAUUACGUAUUGGCGUCUAUUUAACGAAAGAUAAGGUUGAUGCAGCAAAACUAUUAAAUUCAAGCUCAUUGCCACUAUUGUUCAAUUCCAGCAAUAUACAAUAUAAUCCCAUAUCUCAGGAUAACGGUGAAACACCAUCAUUAGUUGGUCAUAGUCAGGGUAAAAUUGCGUCGUAUUUACGGGACUAUCCAAAUAUAUUUAUGAAGAAUCCAUCUGAUAUCCUAACGCGCUUACAUUCUGAAGCUCAAAUAGAACCAGGUGAUAAUCAAAGCGUUACUUUGAGAUCAGAAAGUUUAUCAUCAAAUAAAUCUACAAAGGAUAUCUCUCUAGGACCGAACCAAGAUAAUUUAAAAAAUAAUUCAGAGAGUAGUGAAGUUGUUUCACAAAAAGAAUCUAGCAUUGAAAUACAUGAAGAACGUAGAGAAGAAGAUUUUAUUCAACUACGAAGUAAACGAAGUAAAAAUCAAUCUCGAUCCGACACUAAUCAUCAAGAUGGAUAA